CAUAUAUUUGUUGUAUGCAAGUUACGGACGCCCUAUAUAUAGAUGUCAAAACACGGAUUAACAAAAAUGUAUUUACGCGUUUCGUGGAUGGCAAAUAUACAUAGUGUCAAGGUUAACUGAUAAGUCAACAACUUAAAAAAUUAAACUGCUCCAAGGAAAACAUUAAUAAACAUAAUGGUCCCCCUAAUGAUUAAUGACAUAAAAACUAACAUGAUAAGUGAAUGCAAAAACUGCAAGAUAACAAGUGUCAAAAGAAUCUUAAUGAAUUUUUUUUUAUUCCAGUCAUUUUAAAGGAAGAAACAGGACAAACUCACGUUUUACAAUGGAUAAACAAAAUUUUUGCUUCUCAAGAUGACUUUCAACUAGAACCCAUCGUUGUAGAUCUUAGUGGAGAGGAAACAGAUCGGGAUAAAGUGUGCGAAAUUUUGCCCAACGAUGGUACCCUAAUCAUCGAUUUGACGUGGUCUGGAAACGAAGAAGCGGAAAAAGUGGCCGUGGAAACCGGAAUUCCAUACGUCAAGAUAGACGUUUCAAUUAGUCCUUCGUUGCUCCUUCUAGACAAAUUUCUAGAAUAUAGAAACUCCACAGACGUGACUCUAAUUUUUGACAACCCUAACAAAGUAGACGAAGCCCUCUAUUUCUGGAUUGACACGACCCUUCUACGCAUGGUGAUAUCAGAAAACCUAGACAAAACCUCUGCAAACAGACUCAAAAGCAUUCGACCCAUUCCGAACAAUUUCGCCAUUUUGGCGACAACUUCCAACAUGGAAGAGCUUUUCGAAACGGCAGUUGAAGAAAAUCUAGUAACGUUACCCGAGCGCUGGAAUUUGCUUUUCCUAGAUUUCCAACAAAAGGAAUUCAAUAGAGAACUAGUACGAAAUUUACCCAUCAAUCUUCUGUACAUAGAAGAAGAAAUAUGCUGCAAAUUCCUCAAGACUGAGCAAUGCGAGUGUCCGCACGAUUUCAAUUUGCAAGAAAAUUUUCUAGUUCUAGCUACAGAUUUAGUGAAGAGGGUUCUGCACACCAUGGUUAGUGACGACGUUGAGCUUACGACAAACCUUAGUUGCGACAGUCGAUACAAUGAAGACGCCAGGAGCAAGUUCUACACACUUCUGCAACAAGAAGUAGAUCUAGAACCGCUAAUCUAUAAAGAAAAUUUUGGGUUGUAUGUUAACAUUGAAGGCACCAUAGAAGCAAACUCGGAAAAAGUAGCUGAAUAUAAUUACAAAACGGGAGUGACGGUUGUGGAUGGCAAACAAAUCAAACCCAUUACCGCCUUCUAUAGAAUCGGGAUAACCCAUGCUCUACCUUGGUCAUACAAAGAAACCGACUCCUCUGGAAAAUCGUACUGGACGGGGUACUGCGUCGACUUUACCGAAGAGCUAGCCAAAAUUAUGGGUUUCCGGUACGAGUUCGUCGAACCCAAGAAAGGUACUUUUGGGAAAAAGCGCAACGGGGUUUGGAACGGCGUGAUCGGAGAUUUAGCAACAGGGGAAACCGAUCUUGCAAUAACCGCACUAAUAAUGACCGCGGAUAGAGAAGAAGUGAUUGACUACGUGGCACCGUAUUUUGAACAAACCGGAAUAACGAUUGUGAUGCGAAAACCCGUCCGCAAAACGUCUUUGUUCAAAUUUAUGACAGUACUGAAGUUGGAAGUGUGGCUUAGUAUAGUCGGAGCGUUGAUUAUCACAGGGUUCAUGGUCUGGUUUUUGGACAAAUAUUCACCCUAUAGCGCCCGAAACAACAAGAAAGCGUACCCUUAUCCUUGCAGGGAAUUUACACUGAAAGAGAGCUUCUGGUUUGCUUUGACUUCUUUUACCCCUCAAGGAGGAGGAGAAGCCCCUAAAGCUCUCUCCGGACGGACUCUAGUAGCCGCUUAUUGGCUCUUCGUGGUACUUAUGUUGGCCACUUUUACCGCAAACUUGGCUGCUUUUUUAACUGUAGAACGCAUGCAGACUCCUGUUCAAAGUCUAGAACAACUAGCAAAACAAUCUAGAAUCAACUACACGGUUGUCAAAGACUCCGACACCCAUCAGUACUUCAUCAACAUGAAGCACGCCGAAGACACUCUAUACAGAAUGUGGAAAGAACUCACCUUGAAUGCGUCCACAGACGAUACGCAGUACCGCGUUUGGGACUACCCAAUUCGGGAACAAUACGGCCACAUUCUUCUGGCUAUAAAUGAUUCGAAUCCGGUCACCACAGCCGCCGAAGGAUUCAGAAUCGUGAAUGAGCACACAGAUGCUGAUUUUGCUUUCAUUCACGAUUCGUCUGAAAUCAAGUACGAGAUCAGCAGGAACUGCAACCUUACUGAAGUAGGUGAAGUGUUUGCCGAGCGACCUUAUGCUGUGGCUGUUCAGCAAGGGAGUCACCUGCAGGACGAAAUCAGCAAGACGAUUUUGAAUUUGCAAAAGGAUAGGUUUUUCGAGCAGUUGCAAGGAAAGUACUGGAACCACACAGCUAAGGGGGGGUGUGCGAGUACUGAUGACAAUGAAGGGAUAACUUUGGAGAGUUUAGGUGGUGUUUUUAUAGCGACGCUUUUCGGGUUAGCGCUAGCCAUGAUUACGCUGGUUGGUGAAGUUCUUUAUUAUAGAAGAAAGGGGAAAGUGGGUAGUUCGGAUGCCAAAAAAUCGAAACCUGGAGCAGGUGGUGACAACUGGAAGCAAACGAAUUUGGUUCCUAUCACCCUGGUUGAUAAAGACAAGCAACCGAUUACUUUUGGAACGGAGUUCAAACCUGUGACCAGAAAUAGAGACUUGUCGGAAUUGGGGCAGAUUAGGUUGUAUCCGAGAUCUAGAAACAGAAUUACCCAAGUAACAGACAAAUAGAAUGCAUUUUUUUGAAAGUGAAAUUAGUAGACGUUUAGUUUGUUUACUUUUAAGUAUGAUUACUAAGUUAUAUUUUAAAGUGCACUUAAACUUGACACGACACGAUAUAGUGGAAUUUUAAUUAUAUAUCUUUAACUGUUGUUUUACUGAAGUAAUUUGGGACAACAGCAACGUUAUAUAUGUAUCUAGAAUAAUAUAGACAACACGUAUUGUGUUAAAAAUUAAAUAGCCAUUUCACACACCUGUAAAUAUUUUUAAUAAAAUUAGUGCACAUGAUCAUUUCUCUAGAACGAAAGUUCCACUGUAUUUGAAUAAAUGUAACUAUGUAGUAAAA